CCUAAGUCACUUACUUGGAGCCCUUUUCUUCAUCUUUUGUGUCUGUGUCUGUGCCCACCCCACUUGAGUUGUGUAUUCCAAUGUUUUCUUUCUUCUUGUUCGUAGCUAACCUUCACUGAUUCUUCCCACUUUCUUCUUUCUAUUGUUCCCUUUCAACCGUAAAGCAGAUUUUUAAGCCAAGCCAUGGUAACGGAUUUUCGGUCUUCCUAGUAUCAUCAAAAUGCUUUCUGUGAGGGAUUUGUGGAGGCGGCAUAGGAGGAAGAUUUUCCUUACCGUUGGUGUUUUAGGAAGUGGCUAUUGUUUGUAUAAGCUUUAUGGUGCUCACAGGCAUAGGCUCCAUGAACUUGAGAGAGAACUUGCAGCUCAGAGGGAAAGUGAGGAGCUUGUGAAGGCUCAGAUGCAAGCUCACUUUGAGAAUAUUCAGAGAAUUUCUGAUACAAUAACAUUGCCUCAUGCUAUGCACAACUUAAGUUGUCGGAUAGCUGAAGAGUUGGAUCUUUCUCAGCUUCUUGAGAGGCUAAUACAAGGAAAGGGUCAGCCAAACACUUUAACACUAUCAGAGAAACUAGAUUUAUGGGGUCGACUCGAAAUUCUAAGUUUUACAAGAAUGGCAUUGUCAGUAUGGGCAACAACAAUGCUUAGCUUAUAUACAAAAGUUCAAGUCAAUAUACUAGGAAGGCAUCUGUAUAUUGAUACUGCACGAAGGCUUGGAAGCUCUAAUUCAAUGGAAAGUGGAGAUGUGGUUGAUAGGGAGGACCAGCAGAAAUUUCUAGGAAGUGUUGAUUUUCUCUUUCAAUAUGGUAUGCCUGCCUUGAUUUCUGAUAUGGAGACGGCAGCAAAAGAAGUUCUCAAAGGAAAGGAGUUGGAUAGUUUCUUCAACAGUACAACACUUCAUGAAACUAUCACCCAGAUACUCAACACGUUCAUGAGCAUGAGCAGUCCGCAUUCCUGGGUAAAGUAUAUGAUGCCUGCAGAUGUUAAAUCACAUUCCACAGCCCCCAGCAGUGAUGACUCAGUCCCUUCUGAUGUUACUGAAUUUGAACAACUUAUGAUGGAAGCACGGGCAGUAUUACAAAGUGCUGAAUUUGGGAGCAUUGUAGAAAUAUCCCUGAAGGCAGUGGUGGAUACAGUUGUGGAGCUGAUGGGGGCUAAAUUUGGAGUAAGUGUAACUGCAGGCCUGCCGCUGGUCAGAGUGGUGCCUCAAGUUGCACAUAUGUGUCCUUUGCUUCUUGAAGAUCCCAGCAAAAAUCAGUUCAUCCUAAUCAUUAAAAAUAUACAAGAGGUUGAACUUUUUUUCACUCUCCUCUAUGCAAAUAUGCCAAGUGCAUAGUGAUUAGUAUUUACGUUUCAAAUGAAAGAAACCAAAAAGGUUAAAUUUAUUACAUGAAAGGCAUAAGACAAUGUACAAAAAUUUAAACGAGGUUCAAAAGAGAUAUAGGAGCUCAAUUAUUAGCAUUCAUCUUUUCUGUAUGAAGUUUCCCUUUUAGUGUAAUGAGUCUUGCACUAUGCUCCCCCUUUGGCUCUAACUUGGCGUUUGGAAGAACUGAUUUUUGCAAUAAAUUUAGGACUCUAGUUUGUUUUGUUAUCAGUACUGUACCCACGGGAAAAUCACUUCCUCAUCUCAUACAUUUCUUUUAUUCAU